UUUAGUCGAUUCCACACGUGAAGGUGAUGUGUUCAGUACUCGACUUGCACGUGCAGAACGUGUGUCCUAUUUUCAUGCCCUCAAGCGAAAGUCUUCAGAUUCUGUUUGGCCAGGAUCUCGUAAACAUCACUGGAUCAUCUUUCUCGUCCAUCAAUGACAUUUUGAAAAUGGUGCCGCGGAUUUUCAUUGUAUUAUGCCUGGCGCUGAUUACGUCUGCUUUUGAUAUUAGUCACUUGUUUGGGAUAGGAGGAGGCAGUGAGCCAUGUGAAGAUGGUGAAUUCCAGUGUAACAACAAAGUCUGUAUUCCUGCCACUCAGAGGUGCAAUGGUCACCGAGACUGCAGUCAUGGGGAGGAUGAGGAUAAACACCAGUGUCUCAAUGGAAUUCACUGCUUGGACAAUGUGAACUGGUUUCAGUGUUCCAACAAACGCUGUAUUGAUAUCCAUUACAAGUGUAAUGGAGUGGAUGACUGCAAUGACUUUUCUGAUGAAUUGGUUUGUGUAAAUUCCACCACUAAUUACAUGUGUAAAUCCCCAAGAGUCUACUGUCCCAGCCCUGUGUCAUGUUUGUCCGAGGAGGUGUUCUGCGACAACAAGAUAGACUGUGAUGACCACUCGGAUGAAGCAAACUGCACGUUUGGUUGCCCUGAUGGUCAGUUCCUGUGUUCCAACUCGUCUUUCUGCAUUGAUAACAUUUACCGCUGUGAUGGGAAAAUAGACUGUGAAUUUGAAGAUGAUGAAGAUGGUUGUGAAGCUGCUGAAUACUGCAGUGCUAAAAGUGGCAAAUUUUUGUGUCGUGGUUCAAAACUGGCGUGUAUCGACAUCGACCAGGUGUGUGAUGGUAAAACACACUGUGCCGAUGGGUCAGAUGAGGAGGACAACUGCUCUGUUGCAUGUGAAGCUCUGGCGUGUAAGCAUGGUUGUCUGAUAUCACCGGAAGGUGUUACCUGCAACUGUCUCCGUGGCUUCCAGCUCGGGGAUGAUUUCAAAACAUGUAUAGAUAUUGACGAGUGUAAUGAUCUUGGUGGACUGAAUCCGUGUAGUCACAUCUGUGAAAACACUCCAGGGGCGUUCUCCUGCUCGUGUCUGCCUGGCUAUGUUUUGGAUGGAGCAGGCAAAAACUGUCAUGCAGAAGGUGAAGACGCAGUGUUCAUAUUCUCAACAGUCUCAGAAAUUCGGGAGUACAUUCUCACUUCAAACAGCUAUGACACCAUUAGAAGACAAGGGCACGGAAGUGUUGCAGAUAUCGAUGUGGACAGCAAAAGACGGACUAUUUACUGGAUUGACAGACGAGAGCGAAAAGUCUUUUCCCAGAAACUAAGCGAGGACAACAAAAAAGAAAUAAUCACAAUGGGUCUGGACAGCCCAGAAGGCAUUGCGUUAGACUGGAUCGGCCAAUUGUUAUAUGUGGUUGACCGAGGGAUGAAUGCGAUACUGGCUUGUAAAUUGGAUGGAUCCUACUGUACCUUAGUCCUGACCAAGUUGACGUCACCCAGAGAUAUUGUGGUGGAUUCCAUUACAAAUCACAUCUAUUGGACCGAGAUUUCCCGAUUGAACCCGAAGAUUAGAAGGUCUGUAUUGGAUGGCAGUUUGGCUGAAGAUUUUGUAUCUUCCCAGCUAGGAGAGCCACGCAACCUCGUCAUUGAUUACACCCUGGCCAAGUUGUUCUGGAUAGAUGAAACACACUCCAUCAUUGACAGCGUCAAUCUUGAUGGCACUGGCAGAAAAGUCAUAAAUGGAAUAAAGUUGCAAAGGUUAUCAACAUUUGUCAUAUUUGAGGACAACAUAAUCUACUCUAGCACAAAGAAAUCGAAGGGAGCCAUUUUAAGAGUGAACAAGUUGACAGGUCGUAACAGGAAAUUUGUCCUCAAGCGAGUGCCUAAACCAACCAGCUCGGUGAUCAUGCACCCAGCUCUGCAACCAGCAGCAGGUACUAAGAGUGCCUGUGACUACAGUGCCUGUUCUCACAUCUGUCUGCUGAGCACCAACCAAUUCCACCACACGUGUGCCUGUCCCCCUGACCACGUCCUCCAGGACCACCAUUACUGCAUUAGAAAAGAAGAUGCCUCGUUUAUCCUUGUUGCUCAGCAGAGCCGUAUUUUGGAGUUUUCGCUGUCAUAUAUUGGAAAGAUGCCUUACAGAGAAUUGCAGACGGACAGCAUUGUCGGUGUCUUUGUGCUUGAUUAUAACCCGGUCUCACGGACAGUGGUCUACAGUGAUGUGACAAGAAAUGGACAGAAAACAAUCUGCAGUUUUAAAUAUGACGACCCUCAGAAUUCAAGGCAAGUUAUUGUGGACAACAAUAUAGGCAGCAUUCAGAGUCUAGCAGUGGACUGGGUGGCACACAAUGUGUUUUGGACUGAUGUCGAAAAGAAGACCAUAGAGGUUGCUAAGCUUGAUGGCUCUACUCGUAUUGUGGUGGUGGAUGUAAACCUAGAUGGCCCACGUGGAUUGGCUCUUGAUCUCAAAAGAGGAUUGAUUUACUUCAGUGACUGGGGAGAUAUUCCCAUUAUCGAGAGCUGUCACAUGGACGGCACAAACUGCUACUCAUUGGUGCAGAGCAGAAUACGGCAGCCAAACUGCCUCACCUUGGACAGUCUGGGUCAGAAUCUUUACUGGAGUGACAACUUCCUGGACGAGAUAUUUUCCAUAGAUAUCAAGACCAAAGACAAAACCACACACUCCUUCCACGUUGACGAGCCCGUCUCGCUGGUGGUGGACAGAUCCCUGAUCUACUGGACUGACUGGAUGACAGACGCCAUCCACAUGACAAAUGCCAGACAACACCAGAGUCAGAAGAACUUCCACAGCGGAAUAUCGGGGCUCACCGGCAUGACCCUCAUCAGAGACAGCAAGUUCGAACCAGUUGAAAACGGUUGCAGUAAUUCUAAUGGUGGGUGCAGUCAUAUUUGUCUGGCGAAACCGAAUGGGGAGAGAGCUUGUCAGUGUCCUUUAUCUCUCAGUCUGGAUGGCCAUGGAAAGCUGUGUAUGAACUCCACGCUUACCUGUGAUGAAAAUGAAGUGGCGUGUCACUCCUUGUCUAAGUGCAUCACAGAGCAUUUUGUAUGUGACCAGCAUAAAGACUGUCCUGACAACUCCGAUGAAGCAUACUGUCCAGUGACCUGCCCCGAUCAGUUCCUGUGUUCCAGUGGCCACUGUAUUCCUCAGCGCUGGCAGUGUGAUGGCGGGAAGGAUUGUCCAGAUGGAAGCGAUGAGAAAAACUGCGCUCUUGUGACAUGCUUGUCCACGGAGUUCCACUGUGACAACCAGUGUUUGUCGCAUGACCGGGUGUGUGACGGUAUUCCCCACUGUGACGAUGGGUCGGACGAGAGGGACUGCCCGUGCGAUGACCGCGAGUUCCAGUGUGAUGACGGUCGGUGUAUCUCCACAACCUGGGUGUGUGACGGAACACCUGACUGCGAAAGAGAGGAGGAUGAAGACAACUGCACCGUGUCGUUGUGUACAGCCUCUCAGUUCUCCUGUGACUGGACCCACUGCAUUGACCAGCUGUUUGUGUGUGACGGAACUCCCGACUGUAUUGAUGGGUCUGAUGAAGAGCAAGACAACUGUACAGUGAAGUGUUCUGGCCAGUUCCGAUGUAACAAUGGUGUCUGCCUUGACAUGAUGUCUGUGUGUAAUGGAUUCUUUGACUGCUAUUCUGGAGAAGAUGAGCUUCUCAACUGUCCCUCCACAUUGCGAGUGAACUGUUCUGAUGAUGAAUUUCAGUGUGAAUCGGGAGAAUGCAUUUCCAAACUGUUCAUCUGCGACCAUUCCCCAGACUGUUUUGAUGGAUCCGAUGAGAAACGAUCUCUUUGUGACAAACCAGAGGAUGACUUGAUGAGGCUGUGUGACGGCGGAUUUUUCUGUGAGAGUGGCCAGUGUCUCGACUCCUACAUGGUGUGUGAUGGGGAACAGGACUGCGCUGAUGGCUCUGAUGAAACAACAUGGUGUGGGAAAACGUGUGAAGCUGACAGUAAUCCAUGCAGUCAGAACUGUACGAUGACCACCAAGGGACCCAUCUGCUCCUGUUGGCAAGGAUACGAACUUGCUGAUGAUGAAAAGUCAUGUUUUGAUCUGGACGAAUGUCUUCGCCAUGAGUCAAACUGUAGUCAGAUGUGUGUCAAUCGUAAAGGUGGAUUUGCCUGUACUUGUGGUCACGGAUACAAACUACAUUCAGAUGGCCACAUUUGCAAGGCUAUAGGGCCAAGACCAUAUCUUCUUGUUGGGCAGCUUCAAGGUGUUCGCAAGAUUGGCUUCAUGCACAAGUAUGAAAGCAGCCUGAUCAGCACAAACACUACCCCUUACUAUAUUGACAUCAACAUGGCUGACGACACACUUUACUGGACAUCUCUGAAGAUGGAGGGCGAUCUCAUUGAAGGCUAUGUGUACAGAACUCGGAACGACACCACGGAGCAGAUAGUGAGCAUCUCUGGGGAGAUACUGGGCCUCGCCCUGGACUGGGUGACCAACAACUUGUACUACACCCACGACCACAACAACGAAGGCUUCAUCACGGUGUGCAGCAUGUACAACGGCAAGUGUAAAGUCCUGCUGAGUCAGCAUGACUGGAAACCAACAAGCAUCACACUCCACGCUUUGAAAGGUUAUUUGUUCUGGAUUGACAAAACGCUGCACAUCGAGCGGAGCGAGAUGGACGGCCAUGACGGUCAGUUCAUCGUCAUGUCCUCUCUGUACGACCCUGUGGGACUGACCAUUGACCUCGUCAUGGACAGAAUAUACUGGGCAGACAGGUUUAAGAGUUCUGUGGAAACUGCAACUAUUGAUGGACGAGAAAGAUAUACUGUUGUUCGGAAUGUUCUACACAACCCUUUUUCCAUCGAUCUGUUUGAAAACAAACUGUUUGUGACUGAGCCCAAUUUGAUCGUAGAACUGAACAGCAAACCCAGUAAACAAGAGACGUACAUCGUCCAGGAGAUAUUCCGACCAUUCAGCAUCAAGGUGCACCACCCUGUCAGACAGCCUCUCCAGGACAUGCACAUCAACUACACAGUGAGCAAUCCUUGCAAGAAACUGAAGUGUGAUUUCAUUUGCGUCAUCUUACCUGGAGGUCAAGGUUGCUGUAUUGGGCUUAAUGAGUCAUCAAACAAUGUCAAAGGUCGUUGUAAAGAUUCCACUGAGCCUUACAGCGUUUACCAGAAAAGAAAAAAAUUGACACCAAAAUCAACAACUGUGACAUCAUCGCCUACUACUGUCCGGACAUCUACCAGUACAGCAGCAGUACAGAACACGUCCAUGGAGAUCUGCUCCACGUACUGCAGGAAUGGAGCCACCUGCUUCGUGACAUCUCAGCGGCUUGUGUGCAGAUGCAGUCGAGACUACACCGGCGAGCACUGCGAGAGCAAGGUGGCUGACUCCCCCGCGGUGACGGAGCAGGCCCAGGAGAACAAGGCGUGGAUUGCCGGAGUCGUUCUGUCCUUCGUCCUCAUCGCCGUCAUCGUCAUCGGCGUCGUCUGCUACUGCAGAGUGAAAAGGCGAGAACUGGACUUGGUGAGCAUCAUAAAAUACCGGAACCCGUCUAUAGCGAAGUGCAAUGACGAGCAGGAGGAACUGGUCACGGAAGUCUCGUUUGGAAACCCCAGCUUUCAGGAAUUUGAUGAUUUUGGCGAGGAGGGAAUUCAGGAAAAUUUGUGGUCAAAGUUUAUAAGUGGGUCACGCCCGUCUGUUGACUCUGCAUUCAUCAGUCGCCAAGGAAGCUACACCGAAUAGUAGCAACACGGAACGAUUUACAUGAAGAAUUUAGAUCUGUUUAUAGUAAAUUUUUACUUUGGUGUGGGUCUAUCUUAUUGUUAGAACCUUUGGUAAUUUGUGUCCAAAUUGUAUCGGAAUUGCUUUGCUGAGCAACUAUUUUAAAUUAUUUCUAUUAAAAGAUACCCCUAUCACCUAACCCCCCCCCCCAUAUCCCCUUGAUGACUGAUGAUUGCAUUUGGUUUUGAUCACAAUAUACAUGUAUAUGUAUGUCCAAUAAAAUUUAAAACAAAUUUAUUGAACGGUAGAUGUUGGUCAUAACCAUGACCAAUUGUAUCUGAUUGUACAUGUAUAUGAUUGCAUCUGGUUACAUGUGUUUUGUCUGGAGACAUUAAUUCUGACAAAAAUUAAGAUUUCUUUAAUGUUUUGUUUUCUGUGGACACAAAUUACCACUGAAUGUAAGAAUGUUGUGUUGUAUAUUUGACCCCACUAAGCAGACUUGUCCUGUAUACUAGGUGGACAUGCCUGACGGGAAUCUGAAUGAAGGAGAACCCAGGAAAACCAUCAAGUGGCGACUUGGUAGUGACUCGGAAGAACGGUUGCUGGUCACCAGCAUGCGAUAGUGGUCACAAUCGUUUCCUUACCUUAAAAACAAGAGAAGAUUUUUAUAUGCAAAACCACAUGAUCCAUUAUAAAAAGGAGAAAGUUAAGUUGUUAUAUAUAGUUUCUAGAAUAUAGAUAAAACUAGUUUGCUGAUAAAUUUGUUUUAUUUCUCAUUUCACUAAUGCUGACUACCUGGUGUUUUUAGUCAAUUGCAAAAUAUGACAUGCUUUACAAAAAUGUUCUCUAUACAUGUACAUCUGUUGAAUUUUGUGUAUUGUACAAUAGGUUUUGUUUAGUUGUAUAGUAAUGGUCAUUUGGAGAAGGUUGUUACGGCCAUAGUUAUGUUAGUUAUUUUCACAAUGUUUUAACGCGAAACAACAGCGCAAAAGCAAAGUUAGACUAAUCAAUACCAUUUGUAUAAUGGGAAUGACAGGCUGAAGAGGGGAUGCAAAUCCUAAUAUGCAAUUUUGUUUAUUUCUUCCAAAUGGCCAUUGCUUGUUUUUGAUUUACAAUGUUAAUAAUUUUUUAUACAGUUCUUGAAGACAGAAAAUGCACAAUAACAUUGUUGAAGGGUCAGCAUGCAUUUUGAAAUAUGGAAUGUUUCUCGUGAUACAGUGUGUACAUAUUAAGUUUCUUCACAUUAUAUUUAUUUACUUAUUAUUAUCACAUAGUGCUAUUUCAUUCACUAUCAUCAUUCCAUUAAAUAAAUAAAAAAACUUGAAUUGCUAA